GACGAGAGAAACCGAUUUGGAUUGACAAUACACUGUAAAAAUAAAUGUGUAACUAUUGGGACAUAGAAGAAGCAAGAACAAAGAGUGCAACCACAUUAUCAGUUCGAAUGUCUGACCGUAAUGGUCUUGGUCCUCACAAGCACGUAUCGGGGCCGAAAUCAUAUAUACAAGUCGAACAAGAGAUGGAAGUUAAAUUGGGAAGACCGCCUGCUAUCGGUGAAGUUUUCAUCAGGACUCAUACCAAAAAGAUGGGACUUUUGUCGAUAGGAAAAACGCAGAAAGUUCAUGAGGUAUAUAAGACGAACAAGGAAGAUAAGUUGGCUACCCUCGAGAAUGAUGAGUCUUCCAACGGUACUUCGCGUCGAGAGCUAUCUCAUGAGGAGGAUGACGAGCUCUUUCUUCAAUCUACUUUCACAAACGAGAGGGGAAAAUUCUUUGGAGUUGGAAGCCUAGGGAGUUACAUCAACGAAAAGCGGAAGUACCCGGGAAGCUCUUCUUCUUUUACAAGCCUGUAAACAUAGCUUGAGGAAGCUACCCACAAAAUAGAGGAACAAGAAGAGCGUGAAGCAAAGGCUUUGCGGGUUGCAGCUGAGCAAAAAGUAUAUGGGUUAUUGAUAAAUACGAUAAACCCAU